AUGAAACAGGAUGCGUCGGCUACACCUGUAGCAAUGGACGUGACCUCAAUUCCCAAUGUCGCGACGGCAGCUUCUGCUAAUGCGCCGGAUUGGAGCGACUCAGCUGAAAACUCGAACUCACAUGAUGAUGAAUUUAUUUUGUCGCCACAGGGCCCGUCACUUUCGUACGAGCGCAAAAUACGCUUACACAAGUAUGCAGAAAAUCGUGCGCGCUCAUGUCUCGGCUUGUUGUCCGACGCAAGUAGCGCCCUUUGGAAGACUAUCUACGACCUUAAAACGUCGAACAAGUUUAAGCUCUUCAUGCAUAGAGUGUUGGGCGACAUCUUCCUGGAUGCAGAAGUGCUUGAGGAUCUCAAUGGAACCGGAGUCUACCCAAGCGCAAACCCACCCCGAGACGCCCGCGAGAUGUACAAGCAGGCCGCAAUUAAGUGGUGGGCCAUCAAGUCGGGCUCACUUGUUAGCAAAUCCUCGGACUUCUACGUACUGGAGUACAUUGGCAUUGAGACGUUGGGUGGAGAUAUUAUGGCCUGCUAUCUUUUCCAAGAAUCGCUAGCAGAAGUGGGUGGUAUGCCCCACAUCCAAGAUAGCAAUCUUGAGCGCUCGCAGUUCGAUGCAAUGAUUUGCAAGUUUGAGCGCACUUCGUCGCCAGACUAUAAGGACGACUUUGUCACAAUUUCCAUUGCUUUCCAACGACCUCCACCUAUGGUAAGCCUUUUCCGCAGCAAUCCGGCUGUCGAAAUGGUCACGCAACUUGCACGCGGCUUACGCGACUUACUUGAAGACCCCUCAGAGCUUCAAGAGAUAUCUGUUGUUAAGACUUCUGCAUGGGUAAAAGACAAAGACCGCCGCUUUUGCGUGCUUUGCAACAAACGCUUCUCUUCCAUCUUUCGUAGACGCCACCACUGCCGAACAUGCGGCGAAGUAAUAUGCUGGGCGUGCAGCAGUACAAUUCGCGUUCCCUCGAUCAGCUUCACGCACAACGACACUGGUAAGCAGGUGCUGUCGCGUCACCAACCGAGUAUUCGCGUAUGUAGCAAGUGUGUCGUGUUCCACCAUCGGUCUAAAAGUAGUAGGGAGCUAAAUAACGAAGAAGAUUUCAAGGACUGGAUCAAGAGAAGUACCGGGCACCAGCACCUGGCUGUCAGUAACGAACCAAGCAAUGCCCAGCAGCUUCGCUUGCCUAGCCCUUCACAUUCACAAGACCUGACAGGUGCGCUGGAAACCUUACAGGCCAAACCAGAGCAAACUUCGGUGACAAAAGAGGAGCGGAUGCCUCGUAAGUACCGCCGAAUCAGUGUGGACAACGAGGAUGAGGAAAAAGAGGACGGAAUAAUCUACCCGAACAAACACCGUGAGCAUCCAGGUACCCUGGACGAUCGACAACGCCGCGAUUUAACCCGACGCUCUUCUCGAAAGGUGUUUGCAAGAAGGCAACGACAAAGUAAUCUGCAGGUACCGCAACGGUACAGCUAUGGUGAGCAGAAAGCCCGUGGCUCGAAACAUAUGCGUCGAAUACGCCGUUCGCACUCGGCGGUCAGCUUAGAGCGUGCUACUGGCGGCAGUCAAGAUAAUGAAGCUGAGCCAGUAUUUUCAAGAAACAUUUCUCAAAAUCGUCCCACUAGCUUUCGUCUCCACGGUCCAUCAAAAAAUCCUACUCAGCAUGCCAUUCCCACAAAUGUUGGCAACAAGGAAAAAGCAAAUCGACGAUCGAACUCGAAAGAGAGACUACCGCUGCAGAACAGUAGUAGUUAUGUCCACGUUGCUUCAGCGUGGUCAACAAACAAGACCGAAGCCCUUGCCAUGACUGGGGCCUUUCAGGAAUUGUUGACAAAACUUGGUGGUGAUGUUCAUUUUGUUGUCGUUGGCUUCUCUACUGGCUUCAGCGCCGAAGUGGUUGUAAACCUUUUGCGUCAACUAGCUCCUGGCGUUCCUUACAUUGGCGGUACAAUCGCGCGUGGAAUGUGUGACGAAAACGCUUGGGUGUCAGUGAACCGUCACAAUAAUGAAGGCCUUGUGACAUUGUGGGGUGUCAAUGAUCCGUAUGGGACUUAUUCCGUGGUUCAUGCAGAGUAUUCACAGAGUGAUGCCCAUGAGAAAUCAUAUGCCGCUGCGAAAACGGCGCUUGCCCGUGUGGCAGGUGGCGUGGAUGUCGGGGAAAAGCCGGCUUUCAUCGUAACGUAUGCUUGUCCUCUCUUUGUUGAGAAUGCUAUUGACGGUAUUCGUGAGGCAAUUCAUUGUCCAAUUGUUGGCGGCUGCUCCUCCGAUGCCACUAAACAUGGUGAGGGUGAAAUUUCCGUGUCUUGGAUCCAGAUAAGCAGUAGCAGCAGUACAGAUUACACCAAAAGUGUUUGCGAUGGCCUAGGGGACUGGACUGAAAUGGGGAUAGCGUUCGCGCUAUGUUUCCCCAGUGUGGAGACGUAUGUGAGCUGGUUCAGCAGCUACAGCCCGGUCGGAGUGAAUAGCGAGUACUGCAUGGGUACUGUCACCAAGGCGUCGAACAAAACCAUCUACGAAAUUGAUAGUAAACCUGCGGCUGAGGUUUAUCAAGAGUGGCUUGACGUAGUUUCAGAGAACAGUCAAACUGACCUGGCUUCAAUCGGAUUUCCUCGGCUUGGUAGUUUACAUCCCCUGGGCACCACGAUCGACUUCGUCUCGAAUCAAAUGGAAAUUGAUCGUGGUGUCGACGCAAAUUCGUCUUCCUCGUUGUGUUCAAUGCAAUCAAGCGACUGGUCCAAGCUGAUUAAUAUGACGGCAGUAAUUACUGGGAUUAACGAAGACGGCUCACUCAGCACAACCAGCUCAGUUGCUUCCGGCACAAAUGUUGUACUGAUGGAAACAUCCGCGCAGUCAUUAAAGACUGCCAUUAACAAGAUGGGAGCCCAAGCCGUGGAAAGCAACAAAUUUUACAUUCAUGAAACGAUCGGCUGCCUCAUGUUUUUGUCCGCAGGAGUACAAGCGCUGCUUGGCCACAAAUGCAUGGCUGAGAUGGUCGGUGCGUAUAAGGACUGGUCAGGUGGAGCGUCGUUGAUGGGUAUGACGACAUUCGGUGAGAUCGGUCACCUCCCACAUUCAACUGAUUUCCCUCACUACGACUCGCUCAUGUUCGGUGCCAUCAUUUUCUCCAAGCACAAGCGAAAAGAGUUUCUUUGUUUCUAA